CGGCGUCGCGACUCGACCGUAAACAAUCGCUGGCUAGUCCGCGGCCGGCCCCCGCCCCGCUCGCACGCGCCACCUUGAAACACCUGCCCGCGCCAACUGUCAGGUGCAGUGUUUUUGAAUUAAGAAUCCUGCCGAUCGAUCGCACCCGGCUUUGGAACAGGAAUCGUUCGUAUUUUGUUUUGUGCCAGUGUUUUGUGUCGUACCGUCUGAGAAGUGGCCGAAUUGGUUUUGUACCGUUGGUUUCUCUUUCUUCUUUUCAGAGCGAGCAACAACAUGUGUUUUUUUCUUACCAGUUUUUACUAAAAAGGUGUAAGUGGCCAGUGCUAACGCAGUGUUUUAAUCCUCUGUGGACGACGCAAAGAGGUUUCAUACUGAAGUGACGUUUACAGUGACAGUUGUGCAGUGACGUUUAGAAAUGAGGUGAUAGUGUUACAAGCCGGAACAUGUAUCGGCCGAACUUCUACGAGAGCACCUGUUUUAGGUGCAACGAGAUAGUGUACCAGGUUGACCGGGUGGGUCCACUGAAGGACUUCACCUUCUUCCACAGUGGCUGCUUCAAAUGCGCUGUUUGCGGCACUAAAUUGACUUUAAAGACAUACUACAACAACCAGCACUGGACGGAAGACAAGGAAGUGUACUGCUCGAGCCACGUGCCCAAGAUCGGGCCCGGCCACCUGGACAACUCCUCCGUGGGCAUACGGAGCGCCCUCAACGUGCCCAAGAGCAACAACUACGUCAACGAACAGAUCAGGGGUCACCUGAGGAACAGCCAUGAGGUCGAGCUGUCGCCAACACGCCAGAGCAACGGCAGCGCGGCCCCGUCGCCAGCCCGCGACGUGUCGCGCGACGCCGCCGACUUCGCGUACGGGCGGUUCGACGCCAGCGCACUGCACAUCGCGCAUGCGCUGAAGCAGACCGAGCUGCAGAAGGCCUACCACCGGCCUAAGGAGAAACCUAUUGAUUGUUAUUUGGACAGAGAUGAGCAAACCAAACUGGAAAUGAAACACAGGCAGGAGGAGGACGACUUGUACAGAAAAUUCUCAAAACACCGCGAGGAAGAGAACAGAAGAAUACGAGAAGAAAUACAGGACGAAUGGGAGCGCGAGCUCGAGCGCCUGACCAACAGGUUCCAACAAGAGAUGCAGGUGAAGAAGCGACGGCCGGAGUCGGAGCUGGGCGCCCUGACGCUGCGGCACCAGCAGGAGCGGGCCGACCUGGAGAAGAACAUGACGCUGAGGAGGGACAAGAAGAAGGAGAGUCUGACCAGGAAGAUGCUGGAGCAUGAGAGGGCGGCAACAGCGGCACUAGUCGAGAAGCAGAGCCACGAGAUGAUGGAGCUGAUCCAGGAGCGAAGGUCGGAGUACAUGGCCGGAUCGUCACUCUACGUGGACGGAGAGGAAGCCCCUCCCUACCCCGCGCGCGCCCCCGCGCCGCAGCCCCCGCUGGUCUCCAAGUUCCAGAUCUACACUGAUCCGACGGAGUUCGCUGAAGUCGAUAAGAUCGCUAUUUCGGUAGCGCAAGAAGACCAAAAAACGUUCACGGACCUAGUCCGACAACUAGUCGGCCGGUGCGCCACCGACGUAGAGAAGGCGAGGACGAUCUUCCGAUGGAUCACAGUGAAGAACCUCAACAACAUACAGUUCGAUGACAACCUGAGGGGAGACUCGCCGUUAGGACUCUUGAGAGGCAUCAAACACGGCACUGAGAGUUACCAUGUGCUUUUCAAGAGAUUGUGCAGUUACGCGGGUCUCCACUGCGUGGUCAUCAAGGGCUACAGCAAGUCGGCGGGCUACCAGCCCGGGGUGAGGUUCGAAGACAACCGGUUCAGAAACUCCUGGAACGCAGUGUUCGUGGCCGGCGCGUGGCGCUUCGUGCAGUGCAACUGGGGCGCCAGACAUCUGGUGAAUGCUAAGGAUGCUCCCAAACCAGGGAAUCGGGGGAAGAGCGAUAGUUUAAGAUACGAAUACGACGACCACUACUUCCUGACCGACCCUCGGGAGUUCAUCUACGAGUUCUUCCCGCUGCAGUCCGACUGGCAGCUGCUGAAGACGCCCAUCACGCUUCCAGACUUCGAGGAGUUGCCAUUCGUCCGCUCCCUGUUCUUCCGAUACGGACUGUACUUCAGUGACCCUAACACUAAAGCGGUCAUGUAUACCGACUCGACUGGUGCGGCGACUAUGCGCAUAGCCAUGCCGGCACACAUGCAGAGCUCGCUCAUCUUCCACUACAACCUCAAGUUCUACGACACGGAGGGCGACGGCUUCGACGGCGUCAGCCUCAAGCGGUUUGUGAUGCAGUCAGUAGUAGGCAACGUGGUGUCGUUCCGGGUCCACGCUCCCUGCAGCGGCGCCUUCCUGCUCGACAUCUUCGCGAACGCGGUGACGCCCCGCGAGUACCUCACCGGCGAGCCCAUGAAGUUCAAAAGUGUUUGCAAGUUUAAGAUUUGCUGUGCAGAGCUCCAGACAGUGAUGGUGCCACUUCCAGACUGCGCGAGCGGCGAGUGGGGACCCACUAAGGCCACUCGCCUCUUUGGACUCGUGCCCAUCACUCAUCAGGAGGCGCUGGUGUUCGCGGGGCGCGAGCUCGAGAUCCAGUUCCGAAUGUCGCGGCCGCUCGCCGACUUCAUGGCCACACUGCACAAGAACGGGGUCGAAGAGAAGAGACUCUCCAAAUACGUGCAGCAAAACGUGUCUGAUGAUAUUGUCACGUUCUAUAUCACGUUCCCGGAGGAAGGUCAAUACGGUCUCGAUAUCUACACUCGUGAAAGAGGAGGCCCUACGGCGAUACACCAAAACGGAUCCACCGAGAAAGAGAAGCAUCUUCUAACCCACUGCUGCAAAUAUCUUAUCAACAGUAGCAAGAGAAAUUGAGGUUUAUUCGAACAGAUUUAGAGUUGCAUUUAAUUGGCGAGAUGCUCCGAAAAUGUAUGUUGUAUGAUAAUAUUGGGAUUAAGAUAUAUUAUGGAUUGGCAAUUAACGCGAAAGAUACAAAAGUAACACCUUUUGGUGGAGAUGGUAAAUAAGUUUGAUAAAUAUAUGAAGAUUGACUAACAAGCACAGAAUAUGUAACUGCUUGUUUGGACUGGUUUAAAUGUCGUUACGACGCACAACGAAGAAUAUACAAGUCUAGAAGGACAAUUUAAUGUGUUGUUAGAAUGUUUAUAAACAUUAUAAUAUAUUU